UCACCAUAGCUUGGAAUUGGUGCCAGCUGUGUUAAAGUAUCUGCAGGAAGAUCCUCUAGUGGAAGGAGAGAAAUGCAUUGAAGAGAUUCUGAUGUACAUUGCUUCUGUUGCCAAUGCAAAAGAAGCUUUGAUUGUAUUCCUGGAGAGCUUGAAUUGAACCGCUGUGAAUCAUACUUCAGAGUUCUAUUAAAGCCAAUGCAAACUCUGCUCUUGCGUGAAGUGACUGAAAAGACACGAUCUACCAUGUUUUCUUGGGUGUUCAAUACACUGUAUUCACAUGUAGUAACGCUUGAUGUACCAAAGAACUUCAACUUGGAAGGCGAAGAGAGAAAAUUAUUAGAUCUUCAACCGGAAGUACAGGAAUUAACCAGAACCCUGCAGUGGUUAACCGAGUUUUAUGUUGUGUUUUAUGAGAAAGUCAUAACUGGGGAGCUGGUUUGGGGAGGCAAAGUGAAGAAUUCUAGGCAUUUUCUUGCAUAUUUCCUCUUGCAGCUUUUUGACCGACCUUUCACUUAUCUCGAUGUUUAUUGCCCUGAAGGUGAAGUGGAGAAUUCUUUGUAUCGUACAUGCCAAAAACUUGCAUGUAUGAUUGCUCACCUCUUUGGAAAUUCAUUCAGCCUUUUUGAUCACAUUUCUUGGAAUAGAUCCAAGACAAUUUUAGCUUCUGAUGGGAAAAGUGAUGACAGUGUAGAAGAUAGUGAAGAAGCUAAUGUUAAGGGUGAUGAUGUGGAAGAUGAAGAUAAAGAAUUGACUGAGAAGUCAGAGGGAAGUGAAAAAGACUGUGUUUCUCAGCUGUCGUUAGCCUGUUAUUUUUAUUGCAUACUUAGCCAAAAUAUGGCAAGCGACUUGGUUCCAUUUGUAUAUUCUCAUCAGUAUGUGUUUUUGAAUUGUCUUCCUCUGAUUGGUCACUUACUAGAAAGAAAAGAUGACACUGCUAUUCACAAAGGCCUUAUGUUAUCCAAAACAUUGUUGAAUAAGAUUUUAGAGAGUUCAUUACCCAAUGAGUGUUUAGAAGCUAAAGCACAUUCUUCAUUUCCUCAACUUUUGAUAAGAGUUAUGACAUAUUGUGAUAAUUUAGAAUUGAGAAAAACAGCUUUAGACAUAUUUCGGCCGUAUCUCAGGAAAUUUGACCGUUCAGGUAGAAGAAACUUGUUAAAGUGUCUCCUUGUGUCUGUUAAACAUGCUGGCGUACUGGGUGUAAUUAUUCAUGAAUUGAAAGAAAAUGUCUCUCAGUGUCUUAAUGAGGAAAUGAUGGAUGCAAACUUUUGUGGUCACAAUUUACAGAAACUUGUGUUGCUUGCAUGUUCUUUGCAAGACGGUGAGACAACAGAUUUACUGGAGUGGAGUGACAGUAUAAUGGCAGCUCUGAAUCUCUUGAUAUUCCUUUAUGUACGAGACAGAGAGGACAGGACUUGCAUAAAGAAACUGGUGCCUGUGUUGCAAGAGGACUUCUUGGCAAAGCUUCGACGAGGUCUGGAGCUCUCUCGGGCUCACUACGAGCUGAAGUUGAGGGAGUUAGCCACCCCCAGAAAGAAGAGAGAAAAGACAGAAAUGUCUGUAUCAGUCGGAGGUGUAAUGCUGCCAAACAUUCCCCCAGACCAAGAGGAGAAAAUUCUGAAAACUGCCCUGUGUUCAUUUGAUAUGAUGCAGUGCGUUUUAGCGAGAGUUGAUCAAGUGGUCCAUGACACGUGUAAAGGUUCUUGAAGGCAGGAUAUGGUGCAAAGGUGUCUUGCAUAUUAAUCAUCUAUGAACAUAAGUGAAUGUCCAUUUUUUAAUUUUUGUGUAUUCUGUAAUUACUGAAAAAUCAUUUUCAAGUGUAAACACUCUCAGGAGAUUAAUAUUGUAUUUAGACCUUUAUUGUGAUAUUGUGAAAUGCAUCUUAAUCAAAUUUAGAAAAGUAAUUCUUUUUUACCAGGAAUAAGUUCACUUUACAAAAUCAAUGUUUAAUGAUCUCCAAAUUUAACAAAUUUAAUCAUAUACGGUAUGCAUUUUUCUUUAGCCUUUGUUUCUCUUUGCAUAUUUACUUUUUGUAAUAAAUCUAAUAAAUAUUUAA